AUGAACAGGGGCCAAUCAAUGAACAGGGGCGAGGAGAGGGAGGACCCGGAGUGGGAGGCGUGUGAGCUGAUGGACGGCCUGGCUCGCUGUGGCCAUGCCAUGCCCGCUGUGGAGACGCCUUCCUCGCCCUGCCAUGCCCGCUCUGACAAGUGGAGUGUCUGGUUGUACCAGCUGCCGCAUCUGACCUCUGCUGCUCAGCGGAGUACCCAUUUCCUCUCCCUCCUGACAAUCCUCGUCAGGCAUACAAUCCUCCUGUACCAUCUGACGCGCACGGGGCAGCACAGCAGGAGGAGCUGCAGUGGGUGUGUGGGGCAGGAGGAGCUCCAGCAGCAGGAGGAGCUGCAGAGGAGCUCCUUCAACGCGCGCCUGCUCGCCCUCCCCAUGCUGCUCGCCCUCUCCAUGCUGCUCGCCCUCUCCAUGCUGCUCGCCCUCUCCAUGCUGCUCGCCCUCUCCAUGCUGCUCGCCCUCUCCAUGCUGCUCGCCCUCUCCAUGCUGCUCGCCCUCUCCAUGCUGCUCGCCCUCUCCAUGCUGCUCGCCCUCUCCAUGCUGCUCGCCCUCUCCAUGCUGCUCGUCCUCUCCACGCUGCUCGCCCUCUCCACGCUGCUCGCCCUCUCCACGCUGCCAUCGCCUGUCCCCAUGCGCAUCACCACCAUCGCCUGCUGUCUUCAUCCCCUCCGUGCCCCGUCCCCAUGCGCAUCCCCUCCACGCAAACCGACUCCAUCCUCCUCCAUGUCUUCAUUCACACCGGGCAGCUGUCCCGGGCAGAAAAAUCGCCCUGCUGGACGAUGGCCUCGUCUCCUGCUGCUUGUGCUGCGCUAUGGAUGGCCAUGGGACGAGCGGGGGGGAGGUGGAGGGUAUGUGGAGGAGGGUGGUCGAGACUCGACCCAUGCAUGUGGCGCGCAUAGCAACGCAUGUGGCAUCUGGUGA